GGAAGGGACGUGGCGCAGCCGGAGGCCCCCCUCUGCGGAGCGGGACUGAGCCCGCCACGCAGGCCACCGCGACGCCGCCGCCAUUGUGGCCCAGGGCCUCUCGGCCGAGCGGGGGCCGGGUCCCGGCGACAGGGUCCCUUGCCCAUCCCAAUUCUGGACUCAGAACUCGUCAGCAAAGCCACUAACGUGGCCUUGAGGUUGUUCUGCCCCUGGCAGACAGAAUGUCCUUCAUGGCUCUCAUGUGAGACUUAAAGUUGGCUUGCUCCUGGAGAACUGAGGAAUAUUUGCCAGCCUGAACGUCCUACCUUCAGCCAUGCUGGCCUCCAGCAAGAGGAUGGCCGCUUCGUCUCGCUCCCAGAUCCUUCUCAUGUGGAAGCCAGACAAGGUGCAAGGCGGUCUCCGCCACGGGGAGAAGCAGGUGCUCACCUCACGGCUCCUGCGGGACACCGAGACCUGUCGACAGAAUUUCCGGAAUUUUCCCUACCCAGACCUGGCUGGUCCUCGUAAGGCCCUGAGUCAGCUCCGUGAGCUCUGCCUGAAGUGGCUGAGACCCGAGAUCCACUCCAAGGAGCAGAUCCUGGAGCUGCUGGUUUUGGAGCAGUUUCUGAGCAUCCUGCCCGGGGAGGUGAGGACCUGGGUGCGAUCCCAGUAUCCAGAGAGCAGCGAGGAGGUCGUGACGCUGGUGGAGGACUUGACUCAGAUCCUGGAAGAGGAAGCUCCUCAGAACUCGGUCCUUUGCCACAAGACCCCCGAAGAAGACCCCGAAGGAAGAUGUGCUUUCCAGGCAGGAUGGCUGGAUGACCUAGUGACCAAAGAAUCGGUGACAUUCACAGAUGUGGCAGUGGAUAUUACCCAGGAGGACUGGGCACUGAUGCGCCCUGUGCAGAAGGAGUUGUACAAGACAGUGACCUUACAGAACUACUGGAACAUGGUCUCUCUGGGGCUGACCGUGUACAGACCAACUGUGAUUCCCAUUCUGGAAGAACCGUGGAUGGUGAUCAAAGAAAUUUUAGAAGGCCCCAGCCAAGAAUGGGAAACGGAAGCCAAGCCAUGUCCCCCAGUACAGGGUCCUUCCAGACUCAAAAAGGAGGGAACCGAGCCCAUCAAAGUGGAGAAACCCUACGAUUAUGACAUCACCAUAGAGACAGAAGCCUGCGGGAAAACUGCCCCGAGUGGGAUUGAUUUCCGUUUCAAGUCAGUCUGUUCACCGGAAGAUGAUGCAACAGAAGAAUAUCUUAGUAAAUAUGAUAUAUAUAGAAAUAAUUUUGAAAAGCAUUCAAACCUAGAUGUACAGUUUGAUACCCAAUCCGAUAAUAAAACUGCUGUGUAUAAUGAAAGCAAGACGGCCUUCAACCAUGUCUCCUAUGCUCUUGUACACAGGAAAAUACUUCCUGGGGAGAAGCCGUACAAGUGUAACGUGUGUGGGAAAAAAUUCCGGAAAUACCCAUCGCUCCUGAAGCACCAAAGCAGCCACGCCAAAGAGAAGUCUUAUGAGUGUGAGGAGUGCGGGAAGGACUUCCGGCACGUCUCGUCCCUCAUCGCACACCAGAGGAUGCACACCGGGGAGAAGCCGUACGAGUGCCACCAGUGUGGCAAAGCCUUCAGCCAGCGGGCACACCUCACCAUCCACCAGAGGAUCCAUACCGGAGAGAAACCCUACAGAUGCGAUGACUGCGGCAAAGAUUUCAGCCAGCGCGCCCACCUCACCAUCCAUCAAAGGACGCACACGGGCGAGAAGCCGUACAGGUGCUUGGAAUGCGGCAAGACCUUCAGCCACAGCUCGUCGCUCAUUAACCAUCAGAGAGUGCACACCGGGGAGAAACCCUACAUAUGCAACGAAUGCGGGAAGACGUUCAGUCAGAGCACGCACCUUCUCCAGCAUCAAAAAAUACACACCGGGAAGAAACCCUAUAAGUGCAACGAGUGUUGGAAGGUGUUCAGCCAGAGCACCUACCUCAUCCGGCACCAGCGGAUCCACUCCGGAGAGAAGUGUUACAAAUGCAACGAGUGCGGCAAGGCCUUCGCUCACUCCUCCACUCUCAUACAGCACCAGACCACUCACACUGGGGAAAAGUCCUACGUCUGUAACAUCUGUGGGAAGGCCUUCAGCCAGAGCGCCAACCUCACGCAGCACCAUAGAACACACACGGGGGAGAAGCCCUACAAAUGCAGCGUGUGCGGGAAAGCCUUCAGCCAGAGCGUGCACCUCACUCAGCACCAGCGAAUUCACAACGGAGAAAAACCCUUUAAAUGCAACGUGUGCGGGAAGGCCUAUAGGCAGGGGGCGAACCUCACCCAGCACCAAAGGAUCCACACCGGAGAGAAGCCGUACAAGUGCAAUGAGUGCGGCAAAGCUUUCAUAUACUCCUCAUCCCUUAAUCAACACCAGAGAACUCAUACCGGGGAGAGACCUUACAAAUGCAGUGAGUGUGAUAAAGAUUUUAGCCAGAGAACAUGCCUUAUUCAACACCAGAGAAUUCACACAGGGGAGAAGCCCUACGCCUGCCGGAUAUGUGCGAAGACCUUCACGCAGAGUACCAAUCUUAUUCAGCAUCAGCGCGUUCACACGGGCGCCAAACACCGGAACUGACGGACGUGGGGGGGACCCCACUGAGACUCUGACAGCUUGGUCGCGCGGACGUCUGACGGGGUGUGCUCCCUGUGUUCAAGCCGUAUGCAGGCAACAACCUGAAGUGCAAUACACGUUAGAUGCUACCCUGCAGAAAUAUCCGAAUCCGUAGUGUGGAGAGAACCUGCGUGAACUCAGUAUGAAAUUUAAGAAGGAGACUUGAUUGGCUUCUUAACCUUUAUUGUUAGGUCAGUAAAAUUGAUUCCAGAAAGAGCAGGUUUUCAGAGACCCGUAAGGUAACAUCUGUGAGUGUAGGUCAAGUACUUGAUGAGCUCUUAGGAAAGUAGGUUGGGAAGGCGUCCGCCAAGCGGAGAGAUGUGGCGCCACAGCGCGCCCCUGGGACCACAGCGGAGUUCUCGUAGGACGUCUGUUUCUUCUCAGCUCUUUGAAGCCUUAAAAUCCAUCGAGGGUUCCUCCCCCUUUUCCAACUCCCCCUGUCCUGAUAUGCAAUAACUGCCAAGUGGGGCCAGUAGGUUUGGGGUCCAAGAAAGUCAGAAGGAAGGAGCUUAAGGAUUUGCUUGUGACCACUGUUAAUUACAUUUUCCCACAGAUACGGAAAUGCUACAGAUAAGAUAGAGAAACUAAUGUGUAUAUAAUUCUCAGAUGUGUACAGAUGUAAACAGGAAAAAUGGAACAUCCUAAACUUCAGUUAAUCUUUAAGCCAUAUCAGCUUUGACUUCAUUUGGGUUUUCACAUCUAAAAUCAUCCUCAAGGGAAGAGAAGCAGGCACACAGUUCCAGCUUGAUUUCUAAAUUUGGGACGUACGGUUUCCCUGCAACCGCCUCACGCAGAGGAGUCCGUUUCUUGAGUGUCUGAACGUCAGAGCUGCCUUGAGCGCGAGCAUGGGGAUCCUGCCCCUUGGGCUGCCCCACGUCCCCCCACAUCCCGGCGCUAGGCAGCUCUGUAGACAUUGUAGCAGGUGCAUAAUGGAAAGCAGAUACAAGUUCAGCAAGGAGUGUGGUGGGGCGGGGGAGAGUCCAGACAGACUGCAGUGAGGGAAGAAGGCGCAGGUAGCCAGCGUCACAUACAGCACAGCCGGACUUCACCUAAGUUCAAAUCCGCCUCAUUGGAAGAAAACAGUGCAAGUUAGGUGACGUCCUUUUGUCAAGGAGCAGUUGGCAGCCCAGUACUCCUUCAUACGUCAAAGUAGAAACUACCCAUGCCGUGUCAGAAAAAAAAAAAACAUUGCAUUUGAAAAAAAAAUAUAUAUGCAGUGAUCAUGAAGUCAUGAUAAGUGAGUCCGUGGGCCCUGGCCAGUGGAUAAGCACACCUCCGUACGGAGUGUCCUCGGCGUCCUCGGUGUUCUGCUGUCGAGACCGAAGGCCAUAUUCCAGCUGAGUUCAUGCUCGUUUUGUUUCUCCAGUGCCUUGCAUAUAGCACGUGGUCAAUACAUAAUCGGUUGAAUUGAUAAAUGAAAUGAUGAAUAAAUUUAUAUAGAGUCGAGUAAUAAAGUAGAAUUGACUGGCAUGAAGUAAAAAAAAAAAAAUGGUA